ACUUUGGUUGGCUUUCGCAAUUAAACAUUGAUUUAAAGUUUCGUAUUAUGUGUUCAGUUGUUCGAUAAUCUUUGACUUUAGAACAUUAUCGCUUGCGAAUGUCGUCGAAUGUGUGUAUAGUGAGGUCUUUGAUUUUGUUGUUCAUACAUUUGGGAUUUAAGGAAAUCAGUGCAAACGAAUGUGGUACGACAGAAUAUAUUGAUCCGAAAAUAGUAGGAGGUACUGCAACGGUUAGAGGUGCCUGGCCCUUCUUGGCUGCGCUGUUCUACGUUGAAGACCCGAAAUUCUUUUGUGGAUCUACGGUUAUAUCUGGAAAGCAUGUGCUAACAGCUGCUCACUGUGUUCAACAAAAAAAUUCGCGUAGGAAACUCGCACCAGAAGAUGUGACUGUUCUCCUGGGUGCGUAUAAUCUUGACUUAAAAAUCGAAAGAGGUAUUGAACAGAGAGAUGUGGAAGCAAUUUAUUUACAUCCGGAUUGGAGAGCAUUUAGUGAUCAAUAUGAUGCCGACUUAGCAAUAUUAGUUCUAAGUCGAAUAGUUGAGUUUACAAAGUACAUUCGUCCUAUUUGUAUGCCUGCCGAUGAUCUUCCGAUUGAUACGCCUGGAUCGAUUGUUGGAUGGGGUCUUUCCGAGAGAAGCACAGACAACCACCCUGAGUCGAUUCCACUUCACGCUUACACGAAAGCUUUAAACGAUUCGUAUUGCUAUACGACACAACAAUUUCUUGCAUUGUUUUCAUCGACGAGGGUAUUUUGUGGCGGCGGUGAAGGAUCACCUAACAAAGGCGACAGUGGUGGUGGUUUCUUCAUUCUUUCCGGCUCGUCAUGGACCCAAUAUGGAAUUAUUUCCGCUUCUAUAUCUGACGCAAGGGGUAAUGUGUUACCAAAUUCAUUCACACUCUAUACAAAUUUGAGGGCAUUCAGGAGCUGGAUAGACGAAACGGUAGAAAAAGAUGGAAGCAGUGUGAUGACAGCGAGAGAAAAAGAGAAGGUGAAAACUGAUGUGUGGUGUAAUUAUGAGAUUGUUCUUGAGAGUUUGUACAAAUGUUCUGUAUGGGGGGUUAACGUGACGAAUACAAAUUUCGAGGUUGGAUCAUUCACUGGCUCACAUGUAAAUGGAUAUGAUGCACAAAAUGUAACAGAAAUCUGGUUUUGGACUGGUACACUCGAGCAUAUACCGUUUGGCAUUGGUCGAAAGUUCAACGUUUUGGAGAAAUUUUGGGUCAGUUACGAUGACAGAAAUUUGGGAUUGAAACGCUUACAACGAUCAAAUUUUAAAGACAUGGGACACCUAUGGUAUAUAGAUGUUAAAUAUAAUGACGUAGAUACUGUUGACGAAGAUACUUUGAGAGACCUUCCAAAUUUAAAAUAUUUUGUUAUAAAUAACAACAAGCUCAAAAUGUUGCAAAAGCACACUUUUGAAAAGAACACCAAACUAAAACACGUUAAUGCUAACUCCAAUCAGCUGCAAUUUGUGCAUGGUGAUCUUUUCAAAAAUAAUCAAUUGCUGGAGGAAGCUCUUUUCAAAGACAACAAUUUGAAAACCAUUUCGGUCGAUUUUACACGCUUGGGGUCAAUCAAAACAAUCGAUUUUCGCGGAAAUCAAUGCAUAGACAAGGAACUUGGCGAUGUUAAUAAUUCUACCGAGCUUCAAACUCUUCUCAACUACCAGUGCAAUCGAAUGGAUCGAUUUUUUUUCAGUUAAAAGUAAUGUAAAAAUGUCUUUUUAGAUUUACGCCUGUAACGGUUAUCAAGUGAAAUACAAAGUGUUGUA